UUAAAGAAACACGCCGAACACUGGACCCUUGUCCUCUUGUAGGUCCACCCUCCACCACGGCAACUGCACGUGUGAAAGACAGACAGACAGCGAGAGAGAUGCCGCAUGUCGAAACCAAGGAAGAUUGCCUGGCCCACCCAUCCUUGGCCUCCCUGCGUCCUGGCACAUUUGGCCGUGAGAGGGUUGCUGUCGACGUCGCCGUCCACAGCCAACUUGGACUCAUGCCCGGACACCGUCGAGCUCUGCUCCGUGGGCUUGUUGACGGCCAGAUUGAACCGGGCGUAGUCGGUGGACGGCGGCUCGUUUCCCGCCUCCACCGAUAUCUUCUCCCCCUGCUCCUCCUCGGGCUCUGCCGGCGUGCCUCCCAGCCAUGGAUGGAAUCGCCUCCACCCGAAAAUUUUUGCAGGCCUGUCUCGUUCGCGGAUGCUAGGGCCACCGGGAGGACCGAAUCCCCCAAUACCGGAGGGACCGAAUCCCCCAAUACCGGAGGGACCGAAUCCCCCAAUACCGGAGAAUUUUUUGCCGAAAUCGGGUCCCAUGAUGGUGCCGGUGCGAGAGGCGAAGAGAGGCAUCAGAGAGGGCAGCGAGAAGCGAGGAUACCAAGUGGAUGACGCGUUGGGCGGGACAUGCAGUUUGUAGCCGGGGUACCACUGGCGAGGAGGCUCCGGGGGGACGGGCGGGGGCAGCUUGAUGGCUGUGGAGUGGUUCCUUAUAGCCGUUGCGUUGGGCUGGGUCGUGACAGGCACUCCCAGCCGGUCGUAGAUUUCCUUAAUCUCUGGCGGAGUCCUUGGCGGCACAUCUGGCAGCCACUGUGGCAGUGUUUCCAGGAUGCCCGGCAUGAUCUCCCGCAGCAGAGGGCACCCGCACUCGUAGCCAACCAUCAUGUACUUGGGUUUUCCCUCGCAGGGCGGCAUACUUGGGUGUGUCGGGGAGAUGCGCUUCAAGUCACACUGUGUUCGGUUGUCGCAGUAGGGGCUGAUCCGGUCGGUGUGGUCGACCACUGAGCACUCGCUCUCACCCAUUUGCACGUGGCGGCAUGCGUACGGCAGAUUGGGACUGCGGCCGUAACCCACGUACCGCACCAUCAGGACCUGCAUGACACACAUACACACACUCGCAGGCAGCUCUCAUGACGCACAAAACACCCGCACCUUGCCCAUUUCGCAGGAGAUGAUUGCCUCGCUGUCCUCGUCGCAAAAGAUUGACCAGCUAACGGCGGAUGGGAGCAGGUAGUCGUCUGAACACCUCGGCAGAGGGUUCGGGGCGUCGGGCGGGGGAGCGAUGCCCACCUUGCUGAGAGGAAUGUCAUCGGCUACACCACAGUGGCAUAAGCGCCACACGCGUAGGUAGGCACCUGCACAGGCAGACAGACAGACAGAGACACGAGCCAACGAAUGACAUAGACAGACACAGGGAGGCAGAAGUAGGAAUGGAAUAGAAUGGAAUGGAAUGGGGUGCGGUGGGAUGGUUGAUGCAUCGAUGCAUGCGUGCUGUAUUAUGUCAUCCAUCACCGACCCGUGCACGUGCUCUCUUCGGCGAGCGCGUCACUCACGUCUGUGGACACAUACACACACAUACACACAAACAUUCCAUCCCCCGUGGAUGGCAUACAUAUUGAAUACUUGCUGCACGUGUCCCUGACUGUCAGUCUCUUUGUCUCUCUGCCAGCCAUCGAUCCCUUCGUCCAGCAAUUAAGCUUACAGACGUCACAUUGCCUCUGUCCGUUGCAUCUCUCCUGCAGCAGCCUGGUGACGUCGUGGCUGCAGUCGGUCGUCACGGGCGAUGGCCGACACAUUAGCUCACCCCCCGCCGUGCGACCAUACACUGCGAAGAGGAUGUACAGCCCCUUGUUGGGCGGGCAGAACAGAAAGUCCCGCUCCCCGUCACAGAUAAACUGCAGACCGACCGAGUCGUAGCACCCAGGAAAGGUUGACGCUGACGACGAGCUGGAACUUCCAAUCGACACACCGCCAAAAGCGUCCACAAACGCAGACGCAGGCCCCACUGCCGCUCUCCCAGUCUGAUUAUUGCCGCGGGGAGGGACCGAUAGGAUAAGAAAGCUCCCCCACACAUCAUCGCGAUUCGCGGCUCGUCCACCGUGCCAGUCAGACACAUGGGCGUCAAAGCGAUUCAGCGCCUCCUGCAAUGAGUUGUUUGUCGUCUUGGACGUGGCAUUGAGCGACGGCUGCAGCGCUUUCAACGCCUUCCGCUCCCGGCCGCGACACUGCAACCCGACACAUUCCCAAACCCGAGAGGACCGCCCUCGGGUGACGCCAGUGAGGACGGCAGAGAGGCUGAUGCAGGCGGCGGCAAAGACGAAAGAUGACCGUGAUGACCGUCUUCGGCGCCGACGGGUGUGGGUGUCAUGAUCCUCACUCUCAAACUGCACCGGGGCGGACCAGUUGGCGGAGCAAAAUGAGGACGAAAGCCUUGUUUGUCGUUGCCAUGAUCGCAUCAUUGCUGCCUCACGGAACUGCUGAGAAGGAUCUUCCGUCCUCAGCUUCAUUGAGACGUGAGACGCCACCCCCAGAGUCUUGUUAAGGGGGCCGAUCGAACGCACACAUCAUUCCACGCGACGCACUCGUCAAAAAUCAAUGACAUGAAUGACACAGCGCUCGCCACACACACUCCACUUUCCUCCCUAGCUGCACACACUCCAUUGACCCGCAAUGACAGACAGCAUUAGCAACACACGCGCAACCAACCGGGGGACUGCAGAGUGAUGCUUCCGUCUGCCUGCCUGCCUGGGCGUGUCCGUCGUAGGCGGGCAGCAUGCGUGAGCAAAAGCGGUCAGAUACAUCGAAUCAAUAAUUGAGCAUCAGACAGCCAGCCAGCCAUCAGCAGCAGGAAGAUCUCCGUACACAAACACAUACAUACAUACACGCAGGCAUGCACGCACGCGUGGCAGGGCCAACUCUGUCUCUCCAAGUAAAAAUCAUCACGUCCGUCACGUCGGCACAAAGGCCAAGUAAAUUAUAAUGAUGUCCGUCGUGAGCGGGCAUGCAACAAGAGCAACGAUGGACGAAAAGGGAAAACAUAUGUGCACUCACUCACUCACCUGAAGUGACGACUCUCGUGGGUAUGCAUAAACGCCAUACAUUCCCUCACAGACCUCUCGGCACCGUCAUUCUCUCAUAUGACACGCAC